UAGACCCUGCAUGUCCACUAUGCGGUGCUCCGUUGUUUUAAUGUUUCUAGUACUUCUCCACCAGGAAGUGGCUCUAGAAACCAAUGUAUCCAGCGUUCAACUUGCCGUUGAGGCAACCAGUGGGGCAUUCACAGUAUCAAUCGACCAAACGACUUGGUUCACUAGCGGACCCGUCGCUGUACACCUUAAUGGUGCCUGGGCAUCUACUGAAGACGGCAGUCUAACUCUUCAAACUCACCGUGUUUACAAUGGAUAUGACGCUUGGGGACGGCUCUCUGCGACAGAGCUAACGUGGAAAGCUAAAGGAGGCGUAAUGUUUUACACUGUGUACAAGGAGUAUCUUGAAGUGCCUGCAGUCGCGUUUGAACAAAUUUACCCAGAUGGUGCCGUAAACACGUCUGUAGGCGGGCCACUGAUGAGCAGCUUUCCAACUGUCAAUAUAAAUGGCGUAGAAAAAGAUCAAAAAGGAUACCUCACAUAUUCAGAUAACGUGGCAGCACACGUCAGUGUUGGUGACUGGAGCAAUGCUGAAUUGAUUCCUGGUGGUGGUCCUGGAGGUUUUCCUCUGGUUGUAUUUGAUAGAAAGACUAAGACUGCUGUCGUCAUGUCACCAGCCAGUCAAUUCAUGGCAGCAUCACAGGGUGUGUGGAAGGGAAUGAAUGGACAUAAUUACUUAGGGUUUGGAUUGUUAGGAUCAAUCACCCAGAUUCCCUUAGAAUUUCAUUAUGAGACAGUAUUCUAUGUUGGAGCCGGAACAAAUGCAGCCAUGGAGAACUGGGGAAAGCUAAUGAUGCUUCGCUAUGGAAAAGAUGAUUCUUUUCGUCAAGCUGAUUUUUCUAUCAACUAUGUUGGGUACUGGACAGACAAUGGUGCAUGUUACUAUUACGAUUCCGACAAGGACAAUUAUGAGAACACUCUUAUUGCAGUAAAGAACUAUGCUGACGAUGUUGGCUUGCCAUUUCGAUACUUGCAGAUUGAUUCUUGGUGGUAUUUUAAAGGCAAUGCCAAUGGUGUGAAGAACUGGACUGCUAUGCCUGACGUUUUUCCUCGUGGAAUUGAGUAUCUUCACAACAUGACUAGUUGGCCUAUAUUUGCUCACAACAGAUACUGGUCUACAAACACUGACUAUGCAAAACAGAACGGUGGCCAGUUUGACUUUAUUGUGGAAUCUAAUGCUGCACUACCAGUUUCUGCAGAGUUUUGGGAUUACCUAAUAUCAUCUUCAAAACGCGAAUGGAAUCUGUUUGUUUAUGAACAAGACUGGCUUGAUACCGAGUUCAAUACACUAAAGGCGUUGCAGGAGAAUGCCACUCUUGGUCGCAUGUGGCUUAGGCAAAUGGGUCAAGCAGCUCAAAAAUAUGGUCUCACUAUCCAGUAUUGUAUGCCCUAUCCAAGGCACCUUCUACAAAGUCUGGAAGUUCCUGCAGUUACACAGACAAGAGCCAGCAACGACUACACUGCUGGAAAUACUCAGUGGAGGAUUGGUGACACAAGCAUUUUGAAUCAUGCUGUUGGCUUGGCACCAUUCAAAGAUAACUUUUUUACUAAUUCAACUCAGCCAGCAGGUUGCCAUUCAACUCAUCAGGAACCAUAUCCACUUCUUCAAGCAGUCGUUGCCACAUAUUCUACCGGGCCAGUUGGUCCUAGCGACCACAUUGAUGCCGUCGACAAAACCAUUGUCAUGCAGACAUGUACAUUAGAUGGACAAAUACUGAAGCCGACUAAACCAAUGAGGACCAUUGACAGGUCAUUUAUACAGAGAGCAUUUGGCUCAGGUGGACCAUCUGGAGAAGUGUGGACAACACAUAGCCAAGUAUCUGGUCUUCAUUGGCACCAUGUGUUUGCUGCAGAUCUUGUAUCAGAAUUUUCUUUUUCACCUAAUGAUCUACUGGAUUUUCAUCCUCCGACACAAUCUCCCACAUCCUGGGUUGCCUACCCUCACAACAUGUCUUCAAAUCCAAUACCGUUUGAUCAGUCUCAUCCGAUCAAGUUGCCAGUAUGUGGUCGAGCAGACUUUGGUCUGUGGCACAUUGCACCUAUGUUGGAAAAUGGAUGGUUUCUCUUGGGUGAACUUGAUAAAUUUGUUCCAGUGUCUCAACAGAGGAUCAUUUCGAUUGCUACAACUAACAUAGAGAUCCAAGUGGAGCUGGCAGGCGUGCCUGGUGAACAGGUUUCAAUUUCCUUCUGGAAUCCAUCUUCCUCGGCAUCUGGUGGAAAAGUGAUGAAACAUGCAUGUAUCAUCUCAGGAGGUGGUUUGGUCACCCUAGCGGCUCCGGAAGGCACUUGCAGCUAACUUUGCACAUCUAGUAUGAUUUGCAUAAACAAGUUUGCUGUGUUACCUUAGUUUUUGCGGUGAUGUUCUCUUGAUGUAAACGACGUUUGUUAGCUAUGCAUAA